AUGGACGAGGAAGUAGUAGACGGUAAGCUUGAGGAUGCAAAGUCUGUUAACGUCAUUGAUGUGACGAAAAGAGAUGAUGUAAAAGACGUAGUGAUAGUGCCGUUAAAUCCAAAAAAUGAUGAUGCUGCUUUCAAAACGGUACCAAUGGAGAAGAAAGGAGAAAAAGCGGUUAUUGAUGCAACAAAUCCACUGGAAGGACUGGCAACUGAUUUAAACAAUGUGACUGAGAGUAGCAAAAAUGACAAAUUUAAUCUCACGCAGGUGGUUACAGCGCCGCUUUCCUCGACUAUGGAUUCAGCAAUGACGGAGGUACCUACUCAGACCAUAGAACCUUCUAUGACAGUGAUCGCGACGAUUAAACCAUCUUUACGCACAAAAGAACCUGCAGUAAUUUCUGACACUGUAACGAACAAUGGUGAGAGAAUGCAAUUAAAUGGAUACAUCAAUCAAGGAAACAAUCCACUGGUAUUUGCAGCACUAGCAGGCAUAUGCUGCAUUUUUUUGUUUGUCUGGGGACGUAAAAGGCGAUCAAAUGCAACCUCUAGCUCUAGUACAAUUGAAGGCAAAAGCCCCAAUGGGUUUGACGUAAAGUACUCAAAAGUACCAGAUGAGCAACCAGUAACCCAUAGCCAGGAAAACGAAACCGAGUACUAUGAUGAUUAUGAGGAGGAUACUUUUACGAAUGGUCGGGAUAAUUGGGAUGACUGGGAAGAUGACUCUACUCAAACACAGCUGAAUCCUUUUGCUACAGUACCCGGUGCUUUGCGUCAGAUGACACUUCGCCAGAGCAGCCUCAAUCCUUUUCAUCUCGAGCAGACGUUGCCUCCUCUACCAAAGAAGCACGUGCAACUUCCGAAACGUUUUGCUACCGUUAAAGAUGACGUGCUACUUUCAAGUGUCGAAUCCAAUAGCUCAAGUGACUCUUUUGAGGUCGUAACAGAUGAGGUCGAUGCACCACCAACAAGCAGCCGCAGUGCUGCCACUGACGCCGAGAAGGAAAGUGAGAGCGACGAUGACUUGUUCAGUCAAUUUGGUAUGGUCAUGAAAUUCAAGAAAAGUGUUAGAGUUCCACCUUCGUCUGCAGCUUCUAGCACCGCUCUGAUUUGUGAACCUGGAGCAAAAGCAGCUGCCCCUUCCAUGCUAUCCUCGCUUACUGCCGCAGAAGCGUCUGCAUUGUUUGCAGCUGAGAUGGAUGAUGAACUUACUGGCGUGGACGUCGCCGACGAGUGGGGUGAAGACGAUGAGUGGGUAAAGCGUAUUUGA